AUGGAGGCCAAAAAGAAAUACUCUUGGGAUUUUUUAGACAAUUGUUCCUACAGAGCGUUGCAACAAAUUGCUAAAUCUUUAUGUUUGCCUUGCAAUUUUAAAUUUAGUAUUAAAAAUUUUCCUAUUUGUUUAUGCAAAAUUGUACUAAAUCUAUUUCAGGAUAAAGAAAAAUCCAAAAAUCAGGAAAACUUAAUACUCUCCCCACCCAUAAGUUUAACACCCAAACGCACUCACAUACCAAGACGAUCAAGUCCUCGUUUUAAGGAUUUAUUCAUCAGAUACAGACCGAAAACACUUAUCGGUAGAAACACAACACCUAAAACAUAUUCUUCUCCAAGAGAUAAGAACAGAAUAUUGAAGGUAAAGCAUGAAAUUGAUGAAAGAAGAAUUAAAAAUAAACAAAAUGAUUUAAUAUUUAAAGAUGAAGUAUUCAAUGAUGUUAAUGAUGUGUUUAAUCAGAGUUUAAAUAAUGAUGUGACUCCUAUUGCUUUACAAGAUGAACUUUAUCCUGUAGAAGAUUUAGUAAAUAUUUGCGAAGUGCUACCUCCAAUAAAAUCUAGAAUAAUGAACGUAAUCUAUCCUUCGACCAGUCAAGGCUCAUAUUUUGAGGAGCAUAUAAAAAAUGUAUCGGAAAUCCGUGAACUUGUAUCAAACAGUCAGACUAAGGAGGAAUUUCCUAUAUUAGAGGAUAAUUCAAUAAUAAUUGAAAACACAGGAUUCAUGGAUAGGAUAAAUAGUUUUAUAAACCGAUUAUCAUUGACACCAGAAAGUGAUAUAAAAAUUGAUACUAAUGGUGGUAAUAAAAUUAAGACUGAUUUACCGAAAUUUGCUGACGCUUUUGGUAAUAUUUGCAAUAUACCCUGGACAGCUCAGAUGCAAGAUAAUGAAAGUAAGCAACAGAACAUAAUAAACACUCAAGAAUCCAAUUUGAAUUUUCCGGAUGAAUUCGGGUUUCAGAACAUCUACAAAACUGAAGAGAAUAAUCAUGCUAUGGAUCUUUUGGAAUCAUAUCUGGACUCUCCGGAAGAAGUAGGUGCUUCUCUCAAUAUUUCUGAAUUGGUUGAUCAAGUGCUUGGACAAAUCGAUCGAAAUACUGAUAUGCACAAUGUGUUGGAGGAUUUUACUACAGUGCAAUGUGUCAUAUGUUCUCGGACUGGGCCAAUCAAUUUACUGGAGGAACACAUUAAAGAGAAGCAUAGUAGUAUGAUGCACAUAGAGCGUGCGGGGGGCUGGGCCGUGCGCUUCAGUCUCGGCGAGCUGGCGUGUCGCCAGACGUGGCGUAGUGCUCCGCUGCAGCGCGACCAGUCCGCACAGACCGCACAGACUGCACAGUCCGCACAGUCCGCACAUACCACACAAUCCGCACAGACCGCUCCGCCGCUUUACCUCCUCAGUGCGUGCUACAGGGACCCCGACUGCUGCAUGGCUACACUCUCCCCGCAUUCCUGGGAAGGUGAAAUAGAACCUUUUUCCACUAACCUCCCUUAUUACAAUGAAAACAGUGGCUUAAAGAUUAAAUUAGAAAAACUAAAUUUACUACCAAACAGUGCUAAUCUGAAAUUAAUUAACAGAGAGUUAGUUAACAGUUCUUUAAGCAAAGUAAUUGUUGGACAACCAGAAUUAAAUAAUGUUAAUUUGACAUUUUUUGUUAGUGUUUCAUAA